AUGGUGGUGCAGAUGGAGGAGACAUUUGUGGAGAAGAUGGUGGAGAAGGAGAUGACAAGGAAAGAGGAUCAGGUGAUGGUGAUGCAGGAGGAGAAGAGGAAGCGAGGGAGUCUGGCCCGCAUAGCGAGAACCAUCCGUUCACUCCUCCGACGCGUGCUGCUGUGUGGUGGCCGGAAGAUCGUUCCAUACGGCCGCAGAAGCGCAUCUGGAAACGCCACGCGAUGCGGUGACCACCGCCUUCGUUCGCCGGCCGGCCAGAAGCCGCCGCUCGCAACUGCCCACUCCGCCUCUCCCGCAGACGACUUCUCGAUGCUGGCGCAGGUGGACACGGAGCCGUACGACAUCUUCGGCUGCUGGCUGGGCCGCGACACCUUCAUGUCGGGCUUCAUCAACCACCACGACAUGUUCUGCCUGCACGUGCAUGGCACGGGCGAAGUGGACACGGGCGGAAACGUUCACGCGAACCAGAACCAGCAGGGCCACCGGCUCUUCAAGUUCGCGUGCUCCAACGGCUCCUACCCCCGCAUGCUCAUGGUGGCCACCCCCGGCGAGGGGCAGCCGAAGCCGCCGCCCCCGUCCGGAGGCCCCGCCGCCUCCGCCGCCAAGGGCCCCUCGGCCUCCUCCGGGCGCCCGUCCUGGCUGCUGGGCGGCUCGCUGCUGCGGCGCGACCACUACACCAGCAAGGCAGCGGCGGCGGCCGCGGUGGUGCGCAGGCGCAAGCACCAGCACGCCAUGAGCAACGAGCGCCGGCUGCCGCCGCGGGAGAGGUUCCUGGUGUACGGCACGGGCGACCUGACCUACGCCUCGCACCAGAUCGGAGUCAAGCAAAUCCCGACGCAGCCGCACGAGUACGUGAAGCGGGUGGACGGACACCACGCGCCCGACCACAUGCUGGAGCUGCACGGGCAGAUCAUCGGCAUGGCGCUGUCUCCGGACCACAGGUUCCUGUACGUGAACUGCCGCGCGUGGCCGGCGGGUUGCGUGGUGACGGAGCCCACGGAGCCGCCCGCCAUCUCGCGGGACAUCGACACGCGCGAACUCGAGCUGCCCACGCUGCGGCCCACGGGGCGCUCCUUCCGCGGACACCACGCGUUCACCGCCGAGCACAACUGCUUCUUCAUCUUCCUCAACAGCAGCGAGGACUUCCUCGCCAGCGGGGCGGAGGACCACCACGGCUACGUGUGGGAGCGCCACUACGCCGCGCUGCUGGGCCGCCUGCCGCACAGCGACGUGGUGAACUGCGUCGCGUUCAACCCGGCCGACCAGGAGAUGCUCAUCUCGGCCAGCGACGACCGCAACAUCAAGGUGUGGCGCAGCCGGCGGGCCAUGCGCCGCCUGCGGCUGCAGCAACAGCAGGAGCUGGCGGUGCAGUCGUAGCGGGAGACGCGGGGGGGGUGGGGAGGGGGUUGCGU